CGUAUUCAUAGAUUCAAAUAUAUGACAGAAUGGCAAAUAUAUCAACAUAUUAUGCGACGCGGGAUUAUACUAUGCCUGCCAUUGACCGACGCAUUUCUGAUUUACUCAAAAGGAGAAUCGGAGCCAAAGAAGGUCUACCAACAGAGAGUAUGAAGGAACGCUUGGCAAAGUAUAAAGAAAAUCGUACUGCAAGGCAAGCACUAUUAAAAACAACGCACCAGCAUGUGUUGGAAAUGGUUGCAUACAUUUUGAACACAGAUCCAGGUCUUCUGGAGGAAGGCAUUCUUGAUAAAGACGAGUAUGUGAAUACCUUCAGUAGUUUUUUUGUGGAAGGCGGCAGACAAGCAAUUGUAAUAUACUACCAAAUGAUGCCACCUCCGCCACUUGAGUCUGGACGAUGGAGUGCGGCACUUGCAAAAGAGCCGCAGGUAUUACGUUGUUGUGUGACAGAUGGAUCCACUGAUAAAUUCUGUGGCAAAUGUGUCAUUGUCUAUCGUUGUCGAUCUAACGUUGAUUUCGAAAUGAAACAAUUACUCGAAGUAAGAAUUCAAACCCAGAAGUUGCUUAACACAUUCACUGCAAAUGGCCCAACGGUUGGGUCAAGCUACUCGGCUAAGAUUAGGGUUUGGCCGUUCGAUGGUGUUGAGAAAUGA